AUGUAUCAGUCUUUACAAAAACUAGCUCAUGACUUCUUCUUUUCAACACCUCUUAACCCUAAGCUCUUACAUAUUGUAGGGCCUCAUCCAAUUUCUCCCAUUCUUGUUCUCUUUAACUUUUCUACUCCUAUAAUUGAUAAUUCAAUUAAAAUUAAAAAUGUAAAUAGUUCUUUCAAUUAUUCUCAAAACCUUUUGAGUAAUGUGAUUAAUAAUAAUAGAGUAAAAGCUUUCCCUAAUAAUUAUGCCAAUAGUAAUUUCUCUUCACUCAUAAAUAAUAGUAAUCAUAUUUUUAAGUUAGAUUCUGUACCUUCUAAAAUUCCAAAUUGUGAAAAUUUUUCUUUAUUAAUUAGCAACUACUCUAAUACUUCUAAUG